UGGUCAGUGGAUAGAGGUGAAGGGGAUAGGUCGUGAUGUACGGACGAAAUCCCGCAAUCAUAAGGAGAAGUCAGGAUGGAAAAGAAAGAAGCACAAGUAGCAAAUCCUGGUUAAUAGUAUAAAAAUUGAAUGCCAAUUUGACGUCUUCUUAUGAGUGACUUCAUUCUCUUUCUUCUUCUCUCUUUCAUCUGACUUUCUGUUUCAGUUCUCUGAUCAUCCAUGGCGGUUUCUGCCUUCCUUAUUUCACGAGUCCCAACCUUCUUCUUCACGUUUCCUUUCUUCUUUACAUUUCUUCUGUUUUUCAAGUACUGACAGCUGUUUGCCUUUCAUUUUCGCUUUGAACCUCUCGUUUUUUAUUUACUCGUAAACUGCAGGUAUCGAGUCAGUGGUUUUUGAUUUCUUCCUCCUUCGCUCUAGCUCUUUAGUUUUUGUGAUCAUGUAACUGUGCUUUUCGCUUACCGUAUCACUGCCUUUUGUAUCCGAAUAAUUUCCUCUGCUUCAAAAAUUUCCCUAAAUCCGUAUUUUCUGCGUAGCUAUCUUCAUUUCUCCUCUUAAUCCUCUCAUGGAUUAUAGAACAGGAACCUCAGAUUCCAACGACAUCAGCAACAACAGCAGUACUUGUUGCGUGGCAACUAACACAGACACGCUUUCGCAUCCAUUAGAGCCUCUAACGACUCCGGAGAUCUCGGGUCUGCAGCUGCUCUCUCGUAACCUGCUGACAAUCUUUGACUCUUCUGACUUUGACUUCUUCAGUGACGCGAGGCUGAUGCUCGGCUCCGGCCGUGAGAUCCCCGUGCACCGUUGCAUUCUUUCCUCGAGGAGUCCCUUCUUCAAAGCCAUCUUCUCCGGCUCUGCGUUCAAGGAGAGAACCGCCAAGUUCCGCCUCAAGGAACUUGCUGGAGACUAUGAUGUCGGUUUCGACGCGCUUGUUGCCGUUUUAGCUUAUCUGUACACUGGCAAGGUUUGGCCGUUACCAAAGGGAGUUUGUGUUUGCGUGGACGAAGAGUGCUCGCACGUCGGCUGCAGGCCGGCGGUGGAUUUCCUGGUGGAGGUGCUCUACGUGGCUUUUACCUUCCAGAUUUCGGAAUUAGUGGCCCUUUAUCAGCGGCACUUACUGGACAUUAUUGAUAAAGUUGAGACGGACAAUAUUUUAGUGAUUCUUUCUGUUGCAAAUAUAUGUGGUAAAGUGUGUGACAGAUUGCUCGGCAGGUGUAUGGAUAUUAUUGUCAAAUCUGAUGUAGAUGCAGUCACCCUUGAUAAAUCGUUGCCCCUGAGCAUUGUAAAACAAAUCAUGGAUUUACGAGCAGAAUGCGACACACAAGGCCCUGAAGGUAGGAGUUUUCCAGAUAAACAUGUGAAGCGAAUACACCGUGCUUUGGAUUCAGAUGAUGUUGAAUUAGUUAGGAUGCUUCUGAAGGAGGCACGCACCAAUCUGGAUGAUGCACAUGCUCUCCACUAUGCUGUAGCAUAUUGUGAUGCAAAGACAACAAUAGAGCUCCUUGACCUUGGGCUUGCAGAUGUUAACCAUAGAAAUUCAAGAGGCUAUACUGUGCUACAUAUUGCUGCAAUGCGGAAAGAGCCCAAACUCAUAGUAUCGCUUUUAACAAAAGGCGCUCGACCAUCAGAUCUUACCCCAGAUGGGAGGAAAGCACUCCAAAUAUCAAAACGGCUCACUAAAGCAGCUGAUUAUUAUAACACUACAGAGGAAGGAAAGGCUGCACCCAAGGAUCGGUUAUGUGUAGAAAUAUUGGAGCAGGCAGAAAGGCGAGAUCCACUACUUGGAGAAGCUUCUCUCUCUCUUGCAAAAGCUGGUGAUGAUUUCAGGAUGAAACUGUUGUACCUUGAAAACAGAGUUGGGCUGGCAAAACUUCUUUUCCCCAUGGAAGCAAAAGUUGCAAUGGAUAUUGCCCAAGUGAAUGGAACUUCUGAGUUCACAUUUGAUGGCAUCAACUCUAACCGCGAGCAGAACACUAUGGAUUUGAAUGAGGCGCCUUUCAGAAUCCAAGAGGAGCACCUGAAUAGACUCAGAGCACUCUCUAGAACUGUGGAACUAGGGAAACGGUUUUUCCCUCGUUGUUCUGAAGUACUGAACAAAAUCAUGGAUGCUGAUGAUUUGUCAUUGCUUGCACGUCUGGAACAUGAUACCCCAGAGGAGCGACGCCUAAAAAAACGUAGGUACAUGGAACUUCAGGACAUUCUCAGCAAAGCGUUUAGUGAGGACAAAGAAGAAUUUGACAAAUCAACAUUUUCAUCAUCAUCUUCUUCAAAAUCAGUAGGGCCGAUAAAAAUAUAACGGUGAGCUCAUCGAUUAGAUGUAGGUAAGCUUAGUUGAGAGUUUUUAUAUAGUUGAUUUCUUCUUCCAAUAAUUAUAAGUUACUUUAGGAGGAUUUAUGAGUUAAUAGUCAACAUAAAUGUAAUUAUUACACUUAAAAAAUUUUAUGUUUAUAAUUUUUCACAUAAAUUUAGAAUUACAGAAUCACAUUUA